UCCGGACUACAUCUCCCAGAACCCCUUGCGAUGUCAGCCCGUGCAGCCUCCCCUCCCAGCUGGCUGCUAUCGGAAGUAGUCCGUCCAGCAGCCGCAGGAGCGGGCGCUUCCCAGAGAUGCCUCUGCUGAUUAACGGGGAUCGGAUCGAUCUGGCCCAGCCCCCGGCGGAGGUGAUCCGCACCUACCCGCAGCUGGAGGAGAAAGCAAGAGUUCUAAGAGGCCAACCUGCUCAAACAGUGGGACCCAAAGGACUUCUGUACAUCCAGCAAAGAGAGUUUGCAGUGACCACCCCUAAAGAUGGUUCCGUGUCCAUCCUUGGGUCUGAUGAUGCAACUACCUGCCACUUGGUGGUGCUCAGACACACAGGGAGUGGGGCUACCUGCUUGACCCACUGUGAUGGAUCCAACACGCGAGCCGAGGUGUCGCUGAUUAUGAGUGCAGUCAAAUCUUUCUCUAAUGACACAGAAUGCGGAAGGCUGGAAGUUCACCUAGUUGGAGGUUUCAAUGAUGAUAGGCAGUUAUCACAAAAACUUACUAAUCAGCUUCUUAGAACAUUUGAUCUCCAGCAAGAUGAUGUCCAUUUAGUGACUUUCUGUGUGACAGAAUUAAAUGAUAGGGAGGAAAAGGACAAUCAUUUUCCAAUCAUUUAUGGAAUAGCUGUGAAUGUUAAAACAGCAGAGAUUUUCCAUGCAACUUUUCCAGAUAAGGGACCAGAUGAGGAUUUGCGUUCAGCUCGCAUGUUAACAGGAGCACCAAUGACUAAUAUUUAUGAUGCAAAGACAGAGCAACUCCACAUUGGACCUUACUUCUGGAUGCCUUUCCCACACGUGGACUUGUGGUUGGAGCAGGAUGAUAAACAGAUAUUACAGAAUCUUUCCACGUCGCCUCUGGCUGAACCACCGCACUUUGUUUCCCACCUUAGAUCCACGUUGCUAUUUUUAAAAGAGCAUCCCUUUCCCGCUGCCUCCCUGUUCCCUAACAGGAAACCUCGACUUUAUAAAAAGACCGAAGAAGGUUUAUGGGAGCGAGUCUGUUUUGAAAGGAUUUAAUGUUGAGGCAAAUACUGGAGGACAUGCUUUGGGAAAGCUCUGCCUCGCCAAAAGUGUGGCCAUUUUGCUGCAAAGAGCAUCUUUCUGAAUCCAUGUUGGUCAAAUCCCCUGAGCUCAGACUAGCCUUGUUUAAUGCUUUUCAAAGUAAUAUUUUGGCAGGGGUGCAUUUGUUUGCACUGUUACGUAAGUCAGUAUUUUUUUUUUCAGGUGGUCCUUAAAAUUGUGCCCUUCCCCCCCAUUUUUACUUUUGGUGCUAAUCUGUUGUAUAUUAAGGCCUUCUGCAAAAUCUAUCUAGAGAGAGAUUUAAUAUGCACUUGCCCUUUCAAGAGUGCUUCUUUGAGCUGGGACUAGGUGUCCCUUUAAAUAGAAUUUAAAGUAUAACAUGUAUACAAACUUAUUCCCUGGUAAAUGGGCGUUUAAAAGAAAUCUCUCUCUCAAAAAAAAAUCCAACCAUUAAAGUCCUUGAAUGAAUAAAUAAAAAAUGUUUUGGUGAUAUAGAUGAGAUUUUUCACUAGUUGGCCAGGGGUUUUUCUACACUGAAAGAUAUAAUCAUUAACCCUGCAGGAAUGAUGUCCGAGCAUAAGCCUUGAAAGCACAUUUGUUAAACAGUGCCAUUUUACCACUGCUGUUGGAGUAAUAGUGUAUAAUUCAGUACAGCGCUCCAAUACUAAAAAUGUCUAGAAUAAUAAAUCUUUAUAUUUACUAAUAAAUAAACUGGAGAUGUCACUAAAGUUUGUCACUGGGCAUCAUCUUUUAAAAUAAACAUUAAACUCAACUUUU